UCUCUCUCUCUCUCUCUCUCUCUCUCUCUCUCUCUCUCUCUCUCUUCUGUCUUCUUCUCUCGAUCGAUCUUGUCCGAAGCGAAAUUGGGUCAUCGUUUGCGAUCAACAAUGGCGAGCAAGAAACCCAGGUCCAAAGAAUCCAAGGCAAAGGAGACGGCUUUUGCGAAGAGAGUUCAGACCCUUAAGAACAAAGCUAGAGAGCUCUCCGUUCUUUGCGAUAUCUCUGUCUGCUUCAUCUGCUACGGUCCCGACGGCCAACUUUAUCACUGGCCCGAGAAUCCCGGAGAUGUCCGUACGAUCGCGACGAGUUACAGGGCGUUGAGCGAAGAGAAUCGACGGAAACGCACUGUUGAUUUGAACGCAUUCCUGGCCUCUGAGAACAGCAAGACCGAACGCCCCAAGAAGAAACGGAGGCUUGCGUCGGAGGAACCUGUUUGUGACGAGGCAUCGAACCAGCAGCACUCGCGUGAGGAUCUUAGGGUUUUGCUGUCUCGGAUUGACUCUAAAUUGGAAGAAUUUCAUGGCAGAUUGAGUCAGAAGAUGGUUCGAGGUGAACAGCCGAGAGGCUUCGAGGGUUUCAGUGGCAAGAAAGAUACUGUAUUUGUGGAACCGGAGGCGACUCCAAUACUGGGAGAAGAAAACAGGGCUGAGAUCGAUGUUUUUGGAGGUUUG